AUGGCCGACUUCCUUCUCUUCGAGGGCCCCAUGGGCUACUCGCUUUUCAAAGUCGCCCACCAGGGAGACUCUGUGGGCAAUCGUUUGAAAGAAGUCCAGGAUGGUGUCAAUGAUCUUGCUAAGUUUGGCAAGAUGGUCGAACUCUCGAGUUUCUUGCCCUUUGAAAACAACAAGCAGGCCCUCGGUGAAAUCAACGACGUCUCGGAAGGUGUUGCAUCCGAAACCCUGGUUUCUUUCCUGGAUCUCAACCUUCCCAAACCGAGCAAGAAGAAGAAGGUGGUUCUGGGUCUCGCCGACAAGGCUUUGGCGGGAAGCAUCAAGUCAGCCUUCCCCUUCGUGGAUUGCGAGACCGGCGACACCAGCGAAGUCGUCCAGGACCUGCUCCGUGGUAUCCGCCUGCAUGCCGGCAAGCUGCUGAAGCAACUGCGCGAGGGAGAUAUGGACACGGCGCAGCUCGGUCUUGGUCACGCUUACUCUCGCGCCAAGGUCAAGUUCUCGGUCCAGCGCGAUGACAAUCACAUCAUCCAGGCGAUCGCUAUCUUGGAUCAGCUUGACAAGGCCAUCAACACCUUCUCCAUGCGUGUGCGCGAAUGGUACUCGUGGCACUUCCCUGAGUUGGUCAAGAUUGUGUCCGACAACCAGCGCUAUGCCCAGAUUGCACUCUUUGUGAAGGAUAAGAAGUCACUGACCGACGAGAGCCUGCACGAUGUCGCUGCGCUCGUCGAGGAUGACGAGGGCGUCGCUCAAAGCAUCAUCGAUGCCGCCAAGCACAGCAUGGGUCAGGAGAUCUCUGAGGCAGAUAUGGAGAACGUCAUCUCUUUUGCUGAGCGAGUAGUCAGCUUGUCCAAGUACCGCAAGUCGCUCUACUCCUACUUGGUGGCCAAGAUGAGCGUCGUCGCACCCAAUCUUGCCGCUCUGAUCGGAGAAGUUGUUGGAGCUCGCCUGAUCUCCCACGCUGGCAGUCUGACCAACUUGUCCAAGUACCCUGCGUCUACGGUCCAGAUUCUCGGCGCUGAGAAGGCUCUCUUCCGUGCCCUGAAGACCAAGGGAAACACCCCCAAGUACGGUCUGCUGUACCACUCGUCUUUCAUCGGGCGGGCUGGCCCUAAGAACAAGGGAAGAAUCUCGCGUUUCCUUGCCAACAAGUGCUCCAUUGCCUCUCGCAUUGACAACUUCUCUGAGGCCCCGUCGACCAAGUUCGGAGAGGCUUUGAAGAACCAGGUUGAGGAGCGCCUGGAGUUCUACGUUUCUGGUGCCGCCCCUACCAAGAACGAGACCGCUAUGAAAUCUGCCAUGGAUGCCGUGCUGGCCGAUUUGGAUGUUGAUGCUGACCAAAGCGACGAGGAAAUGGCGGACGCCGAUGCUAAGGUGGAAAAGAAGGAGAAGAAGGAGAAGAAGGACAAAAAGGACAAGAAAGAAAAGAAGGAGAAGGCCGACAAGAGCGACAAGAGCGAGAAGAAGAAGAAGAGAAAGUCGGACGCCGGCGAGGGCGAGUCGGACAAGAAGAAGAAGCGCAAGCAUGACACGGAUGCGGAGCCUUCGAAGAAGAAGCAGAAGGCAUAG